UCUCAUCAGUGAAAGAAGUUAUUAUGUCCAUGGAAAGUGAAGAGGCAUCAUCACAGGAAAACAUUUCUAUUUCUCUGGAAAGUGAUGAUGUGCUAUUUAAGGACAUUCCUAUUCUAGAAAAAGAUAACUAUGCAGAUUGGAAAGAUAAGAUGGAAAAAUUCUUGAAGAGCAAAGGACUGUGGGAUUAUCUUCUUAAUGGACCAAUACCAAGUGAAUCUGAAGAUUGGGAGAAAAGGAGAGAAAUUAAAUCAGGAAUCAGAAGAAAGUGUGGAGCUUGUGUACUACCAUAUAUUGAAGGAAUAGAAACUAUCAGACUUAUUUGGAGCCAAUUGGUUACCAUGUAUGAGUUCACUCAUCCAAGAAUAACAGGGAUGACAGUGGAUAGCACAAAUUACACAUGGUGUGAGCCAUUUUACAAAGCUAUUGUUGAUGGUAAUUGGAAGAGUGUUUCUGAGUUCCUCUCAGAAAAUGAUCAGGGAGUACUUACAGCUAGACUCACAUCAGAAGGAGAACUUCCUCUUCAUGUAGCAGUUCAAAGAGGAAAGGUUGAAAUUGCGAAGGAAUUGAUAAAAAACAAUGCCUGCAGAUCAUCUAUCAAGACAAGGAAAACAGCGCAGAACACCCCUUCAUAUUGCUGCUUCUGGUGGCAACUUAGAGAUUGUUAUGGCCAUUGUAGAUAAUGAUGACAGACUAGUGACAAAAACAAGCAUAUACUACGAUGGUAGUAUUCCGAUCAUCAUCGCUGCAAAGGCCGGCAACAAAGAUGUGGUAGAUUAUCUUUACCCGAUCACCAUACGCGAAAAAGGUUUUCUCAAGACAGACUCCAUUACUACGGCUACAUUUCUUACUUCUCUAAUUUUUGGUGAUUUCUAUGGAGAAGCUCUUGAUCUACUACAGAAAUACCCAGAUUUAGUCUUGUUCAAAGAUAUUGAUGGAGUUACUGCCAUGGAUGCACUCUCAAGAAAGCCUUCUGCAUUUAAAAGUUCAUUCCCAACCAUAAGAAGUGGAAUUGGGACCUUGGAAUAUUAUUUUCAGAAUUUUAUGUACUCAUUGCUAGAUGUCCAUGUUGGUGCCGAAAAUGCAUGUUGGCACACAAGAAGAGACGUGAAAAAUUCCUUCGAUGCCAAUGGAGAAAGCAGUCAAGUGCCUGGUUGCAAACACAUCUAUGAAGAGAAGUUGAAGCAUUAUAAAGCGUCUGUGCUACUUAAAGAAGUAUGGAGGCUAGUAUCAAAAAUUAGUGACCUUGGCCAUGUGGAUGUGGAGGAUGUAGUGGUUGCAGCAAUGUUUCAAGCAACCCAGAAUGGGAUUGAAGAAUUUAUUAAAGAGAUGAUCAAUUACUGUCCUCAGCUUAUAUCACAAUUUUAUCCCAACUCUGAAGUUGGUUCAAAUUAUGAAGGCCAAACAAUAUUUCAUUAA